CUCAACUGUAAAUACGGAAGUAGUUGUCUCCAGUUGAAUAGUAACUAGAAGAGUGUCCUCGCUGGUUUUCACACAAACGCUGCGGAGGAUUUCUGACUUGCUGUGUGUCCGCGAGUGUCUGUUGUGUGUUUACGCUGUGAAGAUAAAGUCGGGAUGGAUAAAUCCACGCUAAUGUCGUUGCUGGUCACUGUGAGUGUGUGUGUGGCUCAGGUGAGCUGCAGGAGACUCGCUCAUGUAAAGGUUCUGGGUUUUGACUGGAAGAACUGUGGGCAGCCCGAUACUCCGGCUGUACUGAAAACUCUGGCCCUGUCUCCAGACCCCAUCACCAUCCCAGGAGACCUGACGGCGUCGGCCUCGGGGACCACAGACGUUGAACUCGCCGCUCCACUUCCAGUGACCGUGACUCUGGAGAAGGAGGUGGCCGGUUUCUGGGUGAAGAUUCCCUGUGUGGAGGAGUUGGGCAGCUGUCACUACCAGGACGCGUGCGCUAUUCUGAACCAGCUGAUCCCGCCCGGUCAGGACUGUCCCGAACCGCUGCACACCUACGGACUGCCGUGCCACUGCCCCUUCAAAGCUGGCUCGUACUCUCUCCCUCAGUCUGACUUCUACGUUCCAGACAUGGACCUGCCGUACUGGCUGACAAACGGAGACUACCGCAUCCAGGGGGUCCUGGGCAACGGCAACGGCAAAGAGCUGGGCUGCCUCAAAGUGGCUCUCUCGAUUCACUCCAACUGAACUGAACAACAACAACAACAACACACAGACAGUCUGGAGGUGUAAAGUUGUUGUUUUUUAGUUUUAUUUGUUUUGGGAAAUGAAAGCAGAAGUUGUCAAAGGUGUAGAGACGCAUAAACCUCACAGUUUAUGGUCACAUGAGAAAAACGAGAUGAGGCAACACAGUAUAUCAGUGUAGAUUUGGAGGGGGAAAAAGAUACAAUUCGACUGUUUUUAAACUCUUUAUGUGAUAUUUCUUAUGUUUUCCCUCUUUAUUUAUGUACAUUUGAGUCAUUUUCCUUUCAACGGCAACUGCGCUGGUAAAAACAGUUUUUAAUUUAAGAUUCCUUUAACUCUUUGAGACUGACGAGUGACCACAUGUCACGUGACAGGUGUUGGAAUACAGAGCUAUUUCACACUUUUUAACGUGUUUUUUUCCGACAGCAGCGUGAAAGAGGUACAGUUAUUAGGAGUCACGUAAGAUGCCACCGUAUGGCCAGUAGAGGGCGAGCUUUUCACGUCUCCAAACAAACUCCACUGUGCCUUUUCUGCUGCUACAGUACAUUCUGCUGUUUUGCCAGUGCAUUUAAGUAUAUAUCAUUAUUAUUACCACUAUUGUUAUAAUUGUUGUUAUGUUUGUGUGGUCGGCGAUCGCACGUGUCAAAGACUUUUGAUUUAAUGUUUUUAAUCAUUUAAUCGUCAUAUGCUUUUACUUUUUCAUCAAGUUCUUCAUCAUUUCUUAAUAAUUAUGAGUUGAAAUUAAAUCAAUAUAAAUGAUCACACAGACUCAUCUGUCAGUUUUCAUAUUAAUUUUAAGAUCAUUUCAAGUUUGUUUUUGUUUGAUCGACUGUUUAAAUCAUGCCUGUGGUUUACUGUCAGUUUUUCAAUAAAAGUUUCCACAUUAA